AUGACAGCUCCUUACCAUCCUUCUUCGAACGGCCAAGUCGAACGCUUCGUACAAACGAUAAAGAAACUUAUCAACUGCAUGUCAGACGAACCUGGUACACUGGAAGAAAAGCUUCACCAACUGCUGAUGAAACUACGUCAAGCUCCGAAUUCAACUGGUAACAGCUCAUACUUCUUGAUGUUCAAUAGAAGGAUCCGAACAUACUUAAGUUUACUCUUGCCUAAGACAAAGGAAGAAACAAAACAACCCAAAGGAAUAGCAAAGGAAAAACCUUGUGAGCUGGUCGAGUCAAGAGUCCUUGUUGAGUUUUCAAGUGGACGACCCGUACAACCUCAUCCUUUCCAGGGGAGACACCCACAAUCCGAGCUAACGGCCAAGAAAGAGGAGGAGUAG